AUGAGUGCAGGAACGACGCUGCUGUUCAACGCUCAAGACGUCUCCCGCAUAGAAAUCUACCCCCCGAUUGGCAUUGCUCGUGUUGGUGACUCCGGUUUUGACCUUGUUACUGGUGUUACUCGUGGAGAGCCGCAAUACUUCUUUCCGCCCGAAGUUCCAGGGCACGAUCAGUUCCCUCCCGGCGACCUUGUGAACGGUGCGUUCAGGGACAGCUCGCAGCGCAUCAAGAGACAAGCCGUCGUCUUUCAUGUGUAUGCGUUCAAUAAGAAUAAUGAGAUACUCGGGGAGGUACAUCCCGGAUCCGGUGUUACCAUAACCUGGACAGUCCAUGUAGUGAAUUCAAAGCCAUCGUUCUUCAAAUUCAGAGGUAUCUGUGCUAUUCUGGGCGCGCAUCCGCAUUUUGAGCUCAACCUCAUACAGGAAAGUAUAGGACGCCAUCUACAGAGCUACGAAACCCCGAUGUGCAGCCUGACGCUGAUCGUCGAUCCAGGUCAGCUAUCAAUCACUGUCGAAGCAACUGGCAAGAUGAAGAACAGCUGGUUCCCUAUCACUGGAUCAUUCUAUGGCUCGCAAGCGACACCAACCUUAGUAUCCCUGGGUCAGAUCUCUACAGACGACAAAGGACGCCUCAUUUUCGUUGCAGGGGCAGGCUACUCGCGUUGUGUGUCGGAACCCAAACAGCCUCACUUCCAGCCCGACAUCAUCUCCGAGUUUGACAGCAUUGACUGGGUCGAUGACGUCUGCGACGGCUGGGUCGACGCCGCAGUCACAUACACGAGCAUGACCAGGACGGGGGUGAAGAUGCUUUCCGUCCAGGCCCGGAAGGCGACCGUGAUGAGUGCGCCCCCAAAGUUCGCGUGGGGCGUCCAUGCGCCGACCACGCUAUAUGAUAUAAUCGAAGACAUCUACGUUGAAGCGAAGGGAUGGAAAGCGCCCAGCACAGUGCAGUUUUACGAGCACAUCUGGCCUGCACUGGGAGGGACGUAUGAACUAUCUUGGGUCAAUCAGCAGGCGUUCCAGGGUCACGGGCCCGCCGGGAUGGGCAACUUCAUCCCGCUUGAGGGGGACCUCGCUAGCAAAGACGCUAGCCAUGAUAAGCUUCGGAGGGAGGUAUUUAAACGUCUCAGGAAGCCUCAGUAUGAGGAUCCUGCGCAGGCUUCGACUAUGUACAUGCCACGCCUCUCUGGAGAUGAUGGCGACGCAAUUGAGCCUGGGCAGGUCAUUCCCUCGACGGGCGUCCCCAUCAAGCGCUUUUCCGCCCUCACGGGCUUGCAGUAUUCGCGCUUCGAGAAGUGGGCAGCCGGAACCUUCAGCGCUGACCCGCCCCGGUGGAAAGACUACGAGUCCAUUGAGAAGGUUCCACUGCAGCUGCAGCCUCUCGCGCUCACUCUCGCGGCCCUCGAACACUCGACGGGUGAUCCUCUGUACCCAGGGCUCGAGACGUACUGGAUCGCAAAGGAUCCAAGCAUAUACUCGUCAGACGUCCUAUCCUUGCAGAGUGCCACCAUCCCACCCUUCCGUAUAGACUACACGAAGGUUAAACCAGGCCAUCUUUCGCGUGGACUCAGCCUCCCGUGGCAGAGCGACUUUUCUUUGUGCGAAACGCAUUGGUGGCCUUCUGGUCGCCCAGAUGAUGUCAUUAACAUCCUCGACUGGCAACGCGUGCUUGGGCACGGAACCUCAGUGUCGAUGCGGGACUUUGUUGAUAAGGUGUCACCUUUGCGGAAGAAAUGGGCCCGCGGCCUUCGUGAGACUCCAGACUACCCGCAAGACUAUUACCCAGGCAGCACAGACAUGGUGCAUCAAUGGCAAAACCUUGGUUUCAUUAAGCAGAAGGACUAUAAAGUUACCGACGGAACAACAUCGCUCGCUGUGUGGCUCGAGGAGGAGCGAUGCCGAAUUCAGGAGCGGACGGAAGGCACAACAAGACUGGCUUCCGGUUUUGAUGACGAUGAUUGA